AUGCCGGAUUUCUACACUUUAUUGUUAGGAGGUAGUGGUUUGACAGGCAAAUCUGUUUUACAACAGAUGCUUUCCUUGCCUUCGUAUUUUCCCGUAAUUGAUGUGCCAACGUUGACCUCGAAUUUGGAAUUGAACCACCACAUCAUCAUCAUUACAAGAUCUCAAUUUGAUCUAGGUACUGAAGUGGAGAAGAUCUCAUCGAUGUUCCAAAAAUCUGAUUUAGUUGAAUGGAAAUGCGUUUUCAAUGAAAGCAGUAAUACGAUAAGUUACUCUACAACAAUCCAUGAUCUGAUUUCCAUAUGCGUGAAUGUUGAGGUCACUACAAUUAAAGAGCCAGAUUCGACCAAAUGGGCACAAAUGAUUCCCCAUCACAUAUUCAUCAAUGAUCCCUCCGCCGAUUUGAGUGUAAUCUCAUGUUUAGGGUCUACGUCUGCAAGAUCGAAAAGGACCGGUGUGGCCAGAGAUUGGGUUGACAAGAUAUUAAACUUAGAUAUAUUAAAAGCAAUUUUGAAUAACGACAUAUUGUCUCAGAAGUUGUCACAGUAUAUUAUAAUGACAAGUUUCAAUAACUUCGCUAUAUCGAGAAUGUUCCCUUACUUCAAGGCAAAGCAAGAAUUGGAAACAAAUACUCAAUUUUUGUUACAAAACCAUCGUGCCAGCAUUGUUAUACUAAGACCAGGUCCAUUGAUUGGCAAACACGGUUCGACCUCUUCUUUCACGGUUCCAGAAUUAGAUGACCGUUUGCUACAUAGCAUUCUUAGGUACAAAAAAGCGAUUUUCCAUCAUUAUGUCAGAAGAAUGAAUGAAUGGAAAGAUGUGGGUAUAGCAACGAGAACGUCUGAACUGGUGGCCCAGUUUUCCUAUAAUAUGCCUGGAGCAUUUUUCGUGGGGUAUCCAGUGAAGGUGUUAGAUUGUGCUCAUGUUAUUGUCACUGAAAGAGUGAAACAUUUCAAGCUGCCAUCCUUACAACCGCAGAAAGUUACUUAUUUCAGUAGCCAACAGAUAGACUCCUAUAAAGCUAAAAAUGAAAUUGCUCAUAUAUAUUAA